UAUCAGCACCGAAGUACAUUAGCAAUGAAUAACAGUUGUUGCAGUGAUGAAGUGUCGCGUUUGUGGGGAUGCCCGUGCUGGGCGACACUAUGGCACGAUUGCAUGCAAUGGCUGUAAGGGAUUCUUCAGGCGAAGAGCAUAUUUCAGCAGUUCAAAGUGAACGCGACAAGCACAAGAAGAAACCGUCACAUUCAUCAUCGUCAACGAACGGCGAUGACAAUGCUUCACCAAUUAGCGCUGCUUCGUUCAGUGAUACGAUGCCAGUCUCGCUUUUACCGUCAGCAACGUCGAUUAGUUGCGCAAGUCCUUCUAUAACACAGCCUUCUUCACAAGAGAAACGAAUCUGGGAUCCAGCGCUCAAUCAGUACAAAGUGAUACGAACCACACCUUUGCCAUUUCCUGGUUGUGUAUCUCGAGCUUAUGCUGAAACGUUGAGUAGCGGGAUGGACAAGGCAGAAAACGCGUUAAAAUCAUCAUCCCCUGUCAGUGGUGCAGGAGCCUCCUCCCCACUGCCGCGAUUAAUGUGCGAUUCCACCGAGUCAGUGGAUAAGCCGAAUCCAGAGCAAGGAAAAUAUGAAUUUGAUCCAGAAGAAUCCUUGAUUGCGAGGCAUCCUCUUGUCGCCUAUCUCAUGCGGCUGGAGCGUAUAUGUGAUAAUUUGCGUGAUCCAAAGGAGGAGAGUGAUGUCACUAUUACGAAUGAAUUCGAUAAACUUUGUCGAGUAGAUGUAACUAUCGAAACCGCAUUACGGCAGCCGGGAAUCGUCGCGAAACGAACACCGCCGAGGUGGACGGCGGAGCGCUUAACAACAACUGACGAUGUACAUAUUGGGUGGUGUCGUUCAUUCGUACUUUGCGUUGACUGGGCAAUGAUCAUGGAGGAUUACAAGGCACUGUCACUCUCCGAUCAGUACACACUGUUGAGGAAUCGUGUCGUGAGUGUUAAUUGGUUAGUGCACACCUACAAGACGUUUCGUGCUGGUUGCGAUGGGGUUGCGCUCGUGAACGGCUCUUAUUAUCCACGAGAUAAGCAACUCCAAAAAACAAUGUCGCCUGGGUCAGCGUUCUUUGUUGAUAAUUUCGUGCUGAACCAGUUUCAUAGCACCGUGAUACUUCGUGUGAAUCUUACUGAAUUGUCGGCAUUUCACUCCAAGUUUGUAAUUGAUAAGAAAAAGUUCAUAAUUGUUAGUUUGAUCAUAUAUUGCUUGCACACCGACAAUAGUAACCUAGUAUUUCCAAUGCGUGAAAUGAAUAUGGACGAAGGAGAGUUCUGCCUUCUGAAAGCACUGCUUCUAUUCACUGUAGAUCGAAGACUAAGUGAUGAGGGUAAACGACAUGUCAAAAUGGUUCGUGAGAAGUAUAUAGAUGCAAUUUAUGAACAUAUCAGUAUUCAACAUCCUCAAUUCAGCAACGCUCAAAUUGCUAAUCGUAUCGCAAAGUUAUUCCUUCUACUGCCAAGCAUCACCCAUCUCUCACAACAAGAGGACGACAACGUACAAUUUUUAGCGCUUUUUAACUUAGCCAAUCUGAACGGGUUACCGUAUGAGUUGCACUCCUCAAUCAAACAAAUGAUUCGUGCCGAAAUGGAAUCCACAAUUGGUUUACAAAGCAACAAUGCUCCUCACGAUAAUAACACUCCCAAUAAUACUCCUAAUGAUACAACUGAUGAUUCAAUCGAUACUGAUGAUGCUAAUAAUGAUCAUAAAAGUCGAGAGGAUCAACCUAAUGACGAUUCUGAUAAAAUGCAGUUCUGA